AUGACGACAACGCAUACACACCAUGGGCACACGCCGUCGGCGCUGCUCACGACGUUGCUUUCGACGAUCACCUCGUCCAUCAUCCCGUUGACCACGGAUGCGGUGGCUCGGGGGUGCAAGGUGUUCGGCGCGUCGAUCCUGUCCAAGCGCACACUGGAGCCGAUCAUCUCGUCGACCAACGACGAGAUCACCUCGCCGCUUCUACACGGAGAAGUCGCGACGCUGUUGGCGUUCCACAAGCACAACGCCCGCCUGCCCGCCGAGCAGCGCGUAAACCCCAAGGACUGCAUCUUCCUCUCCACGCACGAACCGUGCUCGCUGUGCCUCAGCGCCAUCACCUGGUCCGGCUUCGACAACUUCUACUACCUGUUCACAUACCGCGACACCAUGGACACAUUUGCCAUCCCGCACGACAUCCAGAUCCUGCAGCAGGUCUUCCAAACCCACAAGCACGACGGCAACGACGAGCUGUACAACCGUGAGAACAGCUACUGGAAGAGCUACUCGUGCCAGGACCUCAUCGAUCAGUGCCAGCAGGCCGAGAGACACGCGCUCACCGAGGAGCUGCACAGCGUAAAGGCGCAGUACAACGGCUUGUCGCAGACCUACCAGCUGAGCAAAGCCAGCCAGACGGGCCAGAUCCCCCUCAACUAA